AUGAUUAAAAACAUCGCCAACCAGCUCGCCGGUUUGCGUGUUGCAAGAAGAGCCGUCACCAGUCCUCGUCCUGCAUUUGCCAGAUCGUAUGCUGUUUUUGACCGUUCGAAGCCUCACGUCAACGUUGGUACCAUCGGCCACGUUGACCACGGUAAGACUACGUUGACAGCCGCUAUCACAAAAGUGCUUGCCGACAAGGGAGGCGCUAACUUCUUGGACUACGGCUCCAUUGACAAGGCCCCUGAGGAGAGAGCUAGAGGUAUUACUAUUUCCACUGCCCACGUCGAGUACGAGACCGACAACAGACACUAUGCCCAUGUGGACUGUCCAGGUCACGCUGAUUACAUUAAAAACAUGAUUACCGGUGCCGCCCAAAUGGACGGUGCCAUCAUUGUUGUUGCCGCCACCGACGGCCAGAUGCCCCAAACCAGGGAGCACUUGUUGUUGGCCAGACAAGUCGGUGUGCAGCACUUGGUUGUUUUCGUCAACAAGGUCGACACCAUUGACGACCCUGAGAUGUUAGAAUUGGUCGAGAUGGAAAUGAGAGAGUUGUUGUCUGAAUACGGUUUCGAUGGCGAUGAGACUCCAGUCAUUAUGGGUUCUGCUUUGUGUGCUUUGGAGGGCAGAGAGCCAGAGAUUGGCGAGCAAGCCGUCACUAAGUUGUUGGCUGCUGUCGACGAGUACAUUCCUACCCCUGUCAGAGACUUGGAGCAGCCAUUCUUGAUGCCUGUUGAGGGCGUGUUCUCUAUCUCCGGUAGAGGUACUGUUGUUACUGGUAGAGUCGAGAGAGGUACUUUGAAGAAGGGUGAGGAGAUCGAGAUUGUUGGUGACUUCGACAAGCCUUUCAAGACCACUGUUACUGGUAUCGAGAUGUUUAAGAAGGAGUUGGGCUCUGCUGUCGCUGGUGACAACGCCGGUAUUUUGUUGAGAGGUGUCAAGAGAGACGAGGUCUCCCGUGGUAUGGUUUUGGCGAAGAGUGGAACCGUGUCUUCGCACAAGAAAAUGUUGGCUUCUUUGUACAUUUUGUCCAAGGAAGAAGGUGGCCGUCACUCCCCAUUCGGCGAGAACUACAAGCCUCAAUUGUUCAUCAGAACCACCGACGUCACCGGUGUUUUGAGAUUCCCAGAGGGUGCCGACCACUCUGCCAUGGUCUCGCCAGGUGACAACGUUGAGAUGGAGAUAGAGUUGGUCAGAAACACCCCUCUUGAGCUCAACCAGCGUUUCAACAUCAGAGAGGGUGGCAAGACCGUCGGUACUGGUAUGGUCACCAGAAUCCUCGAGUAG